UUCAUUGCAGGAUCAGAAGUUACUGGUAUUUAUUGCAGGAUCAGAAGUCACUGGUAUUCAUUGCAGGAUCAGAAGUUACUGGUAUUUAUUGCAGGAUCAUAAGUCACUGGUAUUUAUUGCAGGAUCAGAAGUCACUGGUAUUCAUUGCAGGAUCAGAAGUCACUGGUAUUCAUUGCAGGAUCAGAAGUCACUGGUAUUUAUUGCAGAAUCAGAAGUCACUGGUAUUCAUUGCAGGAUCAGAAGUUACUGGUAUUUAUUGCAGGAUCAGAAGUCACUGGUAUUUAUUGCAGGAUCAGAAGUCACUGGUAUUCAUUGCAGGAUCAGAAGUCACUGGUAUUUAUUGCAGGAUCAGAAGUCACUGGUAUUUA